AUCAACCGCAUCGAGCUUUUGGUAUGUUACUGAUAGAUUGGAUAUUUCUGGCAGGUUUGGGUGUUGCAAUGGCUGUACUUUCACUGAUACUCGAUUACGGAGUCGAUAAGCUUCAAACAUGUAUACUUGCGCAUUCUCAGUUUAUUUUAAUUGAUAAAGAAGAAAUAAAAUGA